AUGGGCACGCCGUCAAGACGUGCCCACGUGCUCUCGGUGCUCGGUCGUUACAUCAUCCUCAAGGACCCCUUCAGCGCCCGCAACGUGGUGGGCAUCCUCAUCGCCAUCUUCGGCAUGGGCCUCUACUCCUACUACUCCGUCGUCGAAAGCAGGAAGAAGACCGAGGCCGCCAGCUCGCUGCCGGUCGCCACACAGUAUAUGUCGUCUUUGCCUACUAUCCGUAUGUUGAUGAUGAUUCUGGAUGAACUGCAUGCGUUUGAUUUGCGGCUCUAUAUCUUUGAUUCUGCGUUUAUAUUUCGUCAUCCAUUCAAGUCUGCGUUCAUCCUGCUGUCGUGCUCGAUCGCGGUGUGCGUCAACUUCAGCACUUUCCUGGUGAUCGGCACGACGUCGCCCGUGACGUACCAGGUGCUGGGCCACGUCAAGACGUGCCUGGUGCUCUCCUUCGGCUACAUCAUCCUCAAGGACCCCUUCAGCGCCCGCAACGUGGUGGGCAUCCUCAUCGCCAUCUUCGGCAUGGGCCUCUACUCCUACUACUCCGUCGUCGAAAGCAGGAAGAAGACCGAGGCCGCCAGCUCGCUGCCGGUCGCCACACAGAUUUUAGUCCGUUCACAUGCUAGAAGGAGAAUAGGUGCCGGCAGGUACAACACCAAGAAGAGAAGAGUCGAAACGGUCUUUGUUACAUCGAAGAAGGUAGAGAGAAGUGGACCCUAG